AUGGAGAAAACGAACCCUUGGGAUUCACAGGGGGUCCCGGCCAUCACUCAUACUCAACAAGCCCUGCCUUCGUCCUCUUUACGAAUCGAUCGGUCUCUGACUGCUUCGGAAAAAAGACUCAAGAAGCAAACCCAGCCACGCCAACUCCUGAGUUGUAACAAAUGUCGAGAACGCAAAGUCAAAUGUGACCGUACAAAGCCAUGCUCUGCUUGUUGUGCCAGGGGCCUUCCCAAAGAAUGCCAGUUUGUUCUUGGAGAGGGUGCCGAGUUCGGGCCAAUACAACAGUCGCUCGAACUUCGUAGACUGCGAGCUGAGAACCAACGACUCAAAGAGCGCCUGUUGGCUGACAAGUCCUCGGCCUCGGAGGAGAGCGAUACUGAAGAAGGCUCUGCAAAUGUCAGACUUAGUUCUGCUGCGAAGCAAUCGAAACGUCAGCGACGCUUUCGCGCGAACGAGCAGAUUGACAGCAUCUACUUUGGUUCUCCAGGGCUGGCAAGUGUCAUAGCAGAUUUUGCGAACUUGCAAGUGCAACCAAAGUCACUGUCGCAUGCAAUGCCUCGAGCUGCAGACAUGUACACAACUCAAGACGCCAUGUAUCCUUUCCCGACACUAUGGCCUGCCAUGUCGCGUACUCAAGGCUUCGCCUUCCCUUAUGUGCCUGAAGACUUGUCACAGAAAGAAGUCGAACGCUUUCUCGAGAAUGCCGGAGAGAACGCGGACAAGGUCCCAGACUUGCUCGCACUCAUCUUUGCAGCAUCAGCACUGGGCGUACAGCUGACUAUGUUCGAAGAUCGACAAGAAGCAGGCGCAGGUGUCUCUCAAAACAGCAGUCGCAAGGGUGAAAUAUUUUCCGUCGCAGCAAUGCAAGCUCUUCGUCUGGCAUCUUUCACCAGUCGUCCCUCUUUGAGAGGCAUCAAGGUUUUGAUUAUGCUCGCCCCCUAUCUGACAAACAGUGGCCGCUUCCUCGAUGCUUGGUCCUUUUCAGGUCUGACCAUCCGUCUGGCGCACUCUAUCGGUUUGCAUCGAAACCCUCGCUUCUUAGAUCCAGCGCCAUCACUCCGGGAGACAACAGUCCGCAAGCACCUGUGGUGGUGGCUAUUACACAUGGACCAAGAGUAUUCUAUGACACUUGGUCGACCCUUGGGCAUUUCGGGGAUUGGUGAUUGCCCUCCCCCUGAGCCCCUCACCACAGAUCCAGUAGCCUUGCGACUAAGCGAAUUCUUCGACCAGCUCACAAUCCAAGGACGUCAGAUCUUGAGCAGCAAUCAACUUACUGACUCGAAGAUUGACAUGUAUACUGACCGCUUGAUCGCGCUGUGGGACACGAUGCCGGAAUCUUUGCAGUUCAAUAGGUCUUGGAUCGAAGAGACGACGCAAAUCCCUGAAUGGCCAAUGGAGACAAGGGCAGCGAGUGAGAUGCAUCUCUAUCAUAUUCUGGAAAUCGCAUUACUGACAACAUCCACAGUAUCUUAUUGCAGUAUCCACAACUACAUCAUCCUCCUGAAUCGCCAGCGCAUCGAGAACAACCGAAACAGCCCAGACUAUCGACCGAGUGCUCCUGACUACUUCCUCGAACCAUCAUUACAUACACCCUCUCCGUCUCCCUUGAUGCCACGAGGCAGACCACUAGUGAUAGAGUCUUGCCUUGCCUUACUGGACGCCUUCCAAUUCUUCCAUAAGCGCGUCCCAUCUGCGCUCGUUGAUUGGACAAUCGGCCAACAAGCGUUCAACGCUUGUAUGAUCCUGGUACUCGACGGCAUCGAUCGUGAAAGCGUCGAGCACAUCGAAAGAGUCGAAAAAGCACACACAAUAUUCGUGAAGAUGGACAAGGCAGGAAUGCAUCAGCUGACCGAGCUGGCCAUGUCACGGAUAGCCGAAGGUCUCAGAACCCUGAGACAUCAAUCCGAGACACGCAAACCGUCAAUGGCCGCAGAGCCCAUAUCUCCUAUGGAUGUAGCGCCCAAUCACCAGAGGGCCUCGGACAAUCCCUUCGAUUGGGGCAUGGGUCAACAACUGCAUAACCAUGACUUCUUGCACGAGCCUGUCAUGGGAGCAACAGGCAUGUUCCUGCUCGAAGACCAUGGCCUUCAGACCAGAGCCUAUCAACCCAAGAUUCCGCCAUCUCCUGGUAAUCUUCCGACUCCCGAUAUUGCAGUGAUUCCUUCUCCUUCUUCAAAACAACCAAGCUUCGAAGCCGGUCUGAUGCUGCCCUCAACAACAUUGUUAGAGCCUCGACGAGAUUCGGCGCAUCCUCUGGGCUUUGUGCCUAACAACCAUCCAGCACCUCUCAUGCCGGCGCAACCUGUGCAUUACAAUCAAGUUGCCAGUCCACAUUUCACCGAGAUGCAGCAACCCAUACAAACCUGGAACCAAGCAGAGGCCUGGCAAACCAACGUCCUUCCUGCCCAACAAAGACUCUACUCACUACCCGUGGCACCAGGAGGAGGACUGCGUGAAUCUAUGAGUAAUCGGAAGCAAUCACAUCAGUGA